AUGGCUGAAUACACGAGGCACCGCAACCGUCCCGGAUGCACCCCUCUCGCCCUCUCGAAAUGCUUCCUCACCUACACCACUGCAUCCCUCGCGGCCAAAUUUGAUCAAGGAAACGGGGACACGCCGCCGCCUCUGUCCUUUAGAAAAUCCAACUCGUCGGAAAGAAUCACUCCAGUCGAAAAGAUUGCGCCGGUGGAGAAGCCGGUAGAGAGGUCGUUCGAGCGACCAACAGAGCGACUGUCUGAGCAGCCGGCAGAAAGGGCAUACGAGAAGCCAGUGGCCAGCCCUGCAACGCGACCAGCUCCGCUAGAAAGGGCCAGCUCAAGCGAUGCGCUAUCAAGAAUCCCUCCUCCUAUGUUGCACAGCAUGCGCGAAUCAUUCAGCGUAAUGGACAGGGACAACGACGGACAUGUCAAUUCGGCCGAUGUGGCAGACAUGCUCUCUCAGCUGGGUCUCUCUGCAACACCGUCGCAACUCUCGAGCUAUUUCAACGGCGCGCAAUCCAUCAACCUCGCGACAUACCUCAACACGCUGUCAGACCUGUUGGGAGGCCUGUCGCAUGCGAACGAGCUGACCGCAGCAUUCGAGGCAUUUGACGAUGGAGAUGAUGGCCAGAUUGAUCUGUCCGAGUUGAAAGAUGCUCUUCUACACACAGCGCCUGAAUCGGGCGAGCACAAGCUGACAGAGCGAGAGAUCGAUAUGGUCAUUGAAGGAUUUCGCGGGAGGAGAAUACAUGGCAAGGGUGGGAAGAGUCUAGGCAGAGCGGAAGUGUUCAGAUAUCAGGACUUCUUGUCGAGUCUGACAGGUGGAGGCAAUGAGGGAGAGAAUGGAGCUGCGGUGGCGCCUGCUUAG